CCCUUCUCCGACGACUGACUUCCGUCUAUCGAACUUUGAAUUUGCAGAGCACCUUGCUCUUAAUCCCUCCCGACGACGACGCGCCAGGCAAGUCGUUUUAUAACCACGCAGCUAUCUUCCUCACUCUUCUAUGGCUGCAAUUCUCCAUUCUGCAGCAUCACAAUAAUUUAAGAGGAAGCACACCUGCUCUGAGAGUGCAGCCGUCAAUGGGUCAGCCGGAGCAGAGCAAGCAGCCAUGGGAGUACACCCUGCGGAAGUACCUCCUGCUGCUGGCCACCCUGGUGGUCAACGUGACGUACGCCGCGGGCUUCAACCCGCCGGGGGGCGUCUGGCAGGAGGACCCCCACAACGACGGCCAACGACUCGCUGGCGACCCCAUCAUCCGCGACAUCCAUUACCACCGCUACCUCGCCUUCUUCUAUUGCAACGCCACCGCCUUCGCCGCCUCACUCGUGGUCAUCAUGCUCAUCCUCAUCCUCGCCGUUCGGCACGACAAGGAGAAGGAGAAGGGGAAGAAGGACGCCGUUCAGGUCAUCAAGCCGCUGCGGGCUGUCAUGGUGCUGGACCUGCUCAGCCUCGUGGGUGCCUACGGCGCUGGAACCUGCCGGGACAGGAUUUCCAGCGUCUACACCGCGGUUCUGGUGGCCGCUGUCUUCGCCUACAUCGUGGUACUCAAGUUGAUGGACCGGCGUUUUCCAGACAAGAACUCUGGCUCCAGCGGCGGCAUGCCCAACUCUGAAACCAACAACUGCGCCGUGCCAGGCGCCAGCGCAAGUCCCGCCCCUGACCCUGAAUCUGACCGCAAGGUUGAAGAAAAGGAGUCCCGGAAGAGGCUGAAAACAGAAGAAAGGCUCUGCAAGGUCCUGAUGCUUCUCGCGACGUUUGCCGUGAGCAUCACAUACGUCGCCGGACUGAGCACGCCUGGUGGCUUCUGGGACAGCACCGGGGGCAGCCACCGCCCAGGCGACGUGAUUCUCAGGGACCACCACAGCACGCGCCUGACGGUGUUUUUACUCUUCAACACCACGGCGUUCGUGGCGUCCCUGCUCAUCGCCGUGCUGCUCAUCAUCGACGGCAAGAAGCUCCGCGACAAGACGGCUCGGUUUCACGUGCUCUAUGUGUGCAUCUUCGUAGCGCUUGUCGGCCUCAUUGGCGCAUACGCCGCUGGCAGCUGCAGGAAGACCGACACCACCGCCUACGUGGUCAGCCUGGUUGGCGCUGUUCUGGCAUACAUCCUGCUCCACGGCUUCUACACUUGGUAUUACUCCAACUCAGCCCUACAAACUGAUGAAAAUCAGCACACUAGUGACAGUGGUAGGGAGGCUCUGGACAAGGCCCGCUCUCUUGUUCUACUGCUCGCCACUCUUGCCGCCACCAUCACCUACACAGCGGGGUUGGACCCGCCGGGUGGCGUUUGGCAGGACAACGGUGACGGGCACAUGGCUGGCGACCCCAUCCUCCUCGCGACAAACGCUAGGAGGUACAAGGCCUUCUACUACUGCAACUCGGUUGCGUUUGUGGCCUCAUUGGUGGCCAUCGUCUUGGUCCAGAUGGAGAAGCUAGUCAAGCACCAUGUGCUGGAGGCAGCGAUGAUACUCGACCUGUUUGGCCUCAACGGUGCAUAUGCCGCUGGGAGCUGCCGAAACGUGAACACCUCCAUUUACGCCAUGGCUUUGGCAGGGGCUGUCUUGAUCUAUGUGGUGAUCCAUGUUGUCUUCUUCACGCUGGAUCACGGGGACCAGAACAGCAACGACCAAGAAGAUCAGUUGCUGGAGAAGAAGCGCAAACGGUUGCUCCUCUUUGCGAUCUUGACCGUGACCAUCACCUACCAAGCCGGCCUCACCCCUCCUGGUGGCUUCCUGCUCCAGGACGACAAGCUCGGCCACCAUGCCGGUGACCCGGUCCUCUUGUACAACUACCCACGCCGCUACCAUGCCUUCUUCUAUUGUAACUCGGUGAGCUUCAUGUUGUCCAUCGCCCUCAUCAUCCUCCUGGUGAACCCCAAUUUGUACAGGCCAGCAAUACGAAGCAAUGCGCUAUCUGUUUGUACGGCGGUGGGUUUGUUUUGUUUGAUGGGGGCGUACGCCGCCGGAAGCACGCAACACAUCAAGACAUCCAUCUACAUUUUCGUGUUGGUGGUCGUGGUCCUCCUCGUUGCAGCCGGACUGCUGCUAGUAUUUUUGUUGAGGGAACCGACUGGACAGGGGGACGACGGAGGAGAAAACAAAAAUGGCAUCUCGGCAGCUGCUGAGCCAUCCAUACCCAAUGAACAGGAGGAAGAAGAAAAAGCAAAGAAGGAAAAAAGGAAGAACCACGCGAGGCGCAAAUACCUGAUGCUGCUAGGUAUCUUGGUGGCGAGCGUAGCCUACCAGGCCGGCCUGGAACCACCCGGCGGAGCGUGGCAGAGCAGUGGGAACGGGUACGAGGCGGGUGACCUGGUGAUGCACAGCAACAUGAGGCCCCGGUACCUUGUCUUCUUCUACAGCAACUCCAUUUCCUUUGUGGCUUCCAUCGUUGUCAUCAUCAUGUUGCUGCCGCAUUGGCUGCCAGACGAGAGGGAAGAAGAAUGGAAGACAUGGUCGCUGAAGGUGAUGAACCGGACGAUCAGACUGGAUCUGUUUGCUCUCCUGGUGGCCUAUGCAGCCGGCUCCAACAGGGGGUGGAAGACGUCUGUGGUUGUCGUUGCGCUCAUCAUUGCUGUGCUGAGCUACUUUGCAAUCCACAUGAAGCUUUCGACAUGGUCUGAAAGUCGCCAUGAGAGCCAGCAGAGCAGCAACGGAAAUAAUGCAGUGUGAUUCAUUAUCAGUGCGCUCUGUGGUGUAGCUCCACUAACGUGAGGGCAGUCACAAAGUAACCCAAGUUCUGGGCGAUUGAUAUCUGUAAUCAGCUUAGCUCUGUCCAAUCUCUCUGCUCAAGCUAGCUCGCCCUGUUUACAGAUUCCUAGUCUAGUUGAUGUAAUCGGAUAAAUAACCUGCAUCCCAAUUGGAGCAUGCUGACAUUGUCUGCCGGCUCAUUGGGCGCACGGGUGUGUGUGUGUUUGUGUGUCUUAAUCCAAUGAAUAUGUGUGGUAGGUGACAUUUCCAGAUCCUAUAUGCAUUCUGACUCAUAAGAACUUGAAUGGGAAGUGCAUGAGUUG